AUGGCGUCGUACGCUUCGGGUCUUUGCGUGCGCCGUUGUGCCGUCGCGGGUGGUCCGCUGGCGCCUAGGCACGGCUGGGGUAGCGUGCGCCACUACCAGCAGCACACGAUGCGUCUCCUGCGGCCGCGCAAACUCUCACAGGCGAAGCAGCAGCCGCUCUUCCCCGGCAUGUGCCGCCGCGUCAAGCGGUUUGAGGGCGAACACACGUACAACUACGGAUAUCACACCUACGCGAUCCUCCGCGAGAGCUCUACAUUUCUUGUCCUGCCAGGCGGCUUUCUCGCGGUGUACGUCGCAACCUUUUUUGUCGCCUUUCCGUUUCAGCUGCAGGUGAUGUAUUCGUUGCUGCUGUUUGCCUUUUCUCGCUACAUUGCGCGUGGCCGGAGAAACAGGGAGUGGAAGGACUUGAGCGACCGGCACGUCAUCGUCACGGGCGGGACUAGCGGUAUUGGGCGGGAGACGGCGUCCCAGCUGGCCUCCAUGGGCGCCGACGUGACGGUGCUCUCGCGCGACGGCCCCCACGUUGAGGCGGCGAUGGCGUACAUCAAGCGAUCCGCAAAGAGUGAGGCGCAGCAGAUACGCUUCACCGCCCUAGACCUCACCGACUUUAUUGCGAUACGUGACUACUGCAAGCGUGCCCAGCAUCAGCGGAUGCUGGUGGACAUCCUUGUGGACAACGCGGGGCUGAUGCAGCAGCAGCAGGUGAUGUCGCGUUUCGGCGACGACGAGCAGCUCGCAGUGAACCUGCUCGGUCCGUUUUUGCUCACGGAGGGGCUUUUGCCGCUUGUUGCAGAAAACGGUGGGCGUGUCGUCUACGUCUCCUGCUCGGCCCACGUCGCGGUGAAGGGAAAUAUUGUGUCAACGUACUUGUCUGGGCGCGGGUUGUGGUCGCCGCGCGUCCGCGACAGGUUUGACGGACUCGAGCAGUACGGGUUUACAAAGCUUGGCUGCAUCUACCACGCGCAGGACUUGGCGGUGCGCUCCUACGCGAACGCCGCAAAGCCGUUGGCGUCGACGGUGCCUGCCACGGCCACCUUUGCCACAGCGGCCGCCAACAAGAGCGACAACAACGGCCCGCAAAAAAAUGACGCUAACGAUGGCGGUGGCAAUACACCGCGGUACACGACAUGUGUUGCGGUUCCUGGGGGUGUCGUGACAAACCUUUACCGUCACGUGCCCCUCGCCACGACGUUUCGUUGGUGUCGCUACCUUUACCUGCUCUUCAUGCGCACAGCACGUGAGGGAAGCCAGGUGGUGGUGAACUGCUGCGUGCGAGAGGAACUAGUGAAUGGGGGGUACUAUCAGAACUGCCGCUACAGCCCCUCUGGCCUUUCCGCUGCCGCGUGUAACGUAGACGAACGCCAAAGUGUGCUGGCGUGGGUGCGGCGAAAGAUGCAGCCGUACAUGCGGUGGGAGCGUUAA